GUUCAUAGCGUCGAGUCACGAAGGAAAAGCUCAAUUGACUAAACUAAAAUAAUUCGUUAUUUGCUUGCAUUCCGAUAGAGUUAAACUACGAGAUCAACUGUUUUUUAUCGCAAUGUAACGAGGUUUUAAACUAAAUUGAGUAAAAUUUUGGAGAGCGUCUUCACACGCGGAGAAUACAUUGAAGAACGUAUCACGCUUGCUUAUUCAAAUAUGGGACGUAUUGCUCAUUUGCUUGUUCUUUCGCUCCUGUUUUUCUGCGGUUUUUCGCGAGUUAAUGGUUACUUUCUACAACUCAAAGACUUUGCUAGAAAUAGCGAAAUAAAAGCUUCGUCGACCUGUGGCGAGACUGAAACAAGAUAUUGUGAUCCAAAGGAAAUCCCCAAAGGUUGCACUAAAUUUAAGAUUUGCAAGUCUGGAUGUUGUCCAACCUGUGGCAAGGCUCCACCAAAUGGAUUUUCUUUAACAGAUGAUGAAAGAAGAUAUAGUAAUAUAUAUGAUGGUCAACCAAGACCAGGAUCCAAUAAGAAUUCCUUAGGUUUUGAUGCACGGAAAGGAUCUUAUAUAGAUAUUGCCAGGUUACGUCCAGUUGACCACAAAAAAAAAGGGUUUACCAUCUGCCUUUGGGUUAACCAAACCCUCGGAAAUAAAGGAACAAUAUUUACAAAGUCACCUUUGAUAUCAACUUCAGUGAUAUAUGGCAUUGUGCUUGAAAAUUUCAUCAUCACUCUAUAUUAUACACCUGAAGGUUCCAAUAAUACUCAGGAUAUCAAGUCUGUCUCCCCUCUUGCUAGUCAAUAUCCAAAUGAUCCUCAGGGGUGGCAUUUUAUAUGUGUAAUGGUCAUUGAUACAAAACUAUCAUAUUUUUUGGAUGGAGAAUAUGUUGGAAUGAAAACUUUAAGAAAUAACAUAGCUGAUGUGAAUGGCAGAGCUCAGAUUGGCCAGAUGUUUGCUAGUGAUAAACCAAAUAACUAUAGUGGUCUUAUGCAAGAUAUAUAUUUCUAUAACAAAGCUCUAACCAACAGGGAAGUAACGGAAGUCUACACAGGGACCUUUCCAAGUACAUACAUUUUAUCAGGAUGCAGAUGUCCACCUAUGCACCCAAAAAUUUCUUCAGCGUUACCAGGUAGAAAGUGUGCAAAGAACGGUGAUAAGACACAGACAGAUCUGGCGGACAGACUUGCAGACACAGCUCAUCCAAUUGAGUUUGCAACAGAUGGUGACUCAUUGAGUCACUGGUUGUCUCAAGAUACUGAACAAGUUACCAUUGAUGUUGAUUUGAUGUAUGGGGAAUUACAGGUGUUUCAUGUUAUCCAUGAGUUUUAUGGCCCAAUUCCUGCGGCUAUUAUCCUUGAGCGUUCCAAUGACUAUGGAAGAAGUUAUAGACCAUGGCAGUACUAUGCUGUUGAUUGUCAGAAAUCAUUUGGUAUGCUAAACAAUGGUCCUUUAGGUCAACCAGACUCAGUUAACUGCUUAAGGACACCCAGUUUGGAAAAUACCGGAGAAACAAUAUCAUUCAGACCAAACAAUCCUGGAGCCAAAAAUGUGCCAUUAAGACCAUACGGAGGAUCAUGCACAAGCUUGCAUUGCUCGCCAAAACUUCUGAAUUUCCUUCGUGCCACUAACGUUAGGAUCAGCUUCUAUAAUCAUACGAUGUUUUCCGACUCCAUGAAAAAGUAUUUUGGCUUAUCUAAGCUCGUGAUUACUGGACGGUGUGAAUGUCACGGUAAUGCGGAAGUUGCGAGAUAUCUUCCCAAAAACGAAACGAACAACGGAACUUGUGUUUGUGAAUGUAAACCAUCGACCUUUACUGAAGGAGAUAAGUGUGACAGGUGUCAAGCCUUGUACAACAACAAACCGUUCAAACGGGGCACAAAUUUCGCGGCUUAUCCUUGUGUGAAGUGUGAAUGUCACAACCAUGCUACUAGUUGCUACUAUAACCAGGCAUCAGACCCAUUCCCUAACGACCGUGCUAAGGGCGGUGGUGGCGUGUGUUCUGAAUGUCAACACAAUACCGUUGGUAAAAACUGUGAGUCGUGUACGGCGGGGUUCUACCGGGAGCCUGGGAAAGCUUUAAACGAUACUGACGUGUGUACGCCGUGUGGAUGUGCAGGACCUGGGGUGAAGUCUGGCAAACAAGAUUGUGUUAAGGAUGAUUCUGAUACUACAGUUCUUGCUGGUCAGUGUGAGUGUAAAGACAACGUAACUGGUAGAUUGUGUACUCAGUGUAAACCUGGUUAUUAUGAUCUUAAAUCAACACAUGACACUGGCUGUAUUUCGUGUAACUGUGACGUCAGAGGAACUGUGGACGGUGACGUCACCUGUGACGCAGCUAGUGGUCAGUGCCGAUGUAAAGCUAACGUGAUUGGCCAACGAUGUGACCAGUGUAAAGCCAUGUUCUAUAAUUUAACCAGAGUUAAUUCCGAGGGUUGUCAGCCAUGUUUAUGUAACAUGUCAGGUUCUACGAGCCGUCUUUGUGAUAAAACCAACGGUCAGUGCCCUUGUCGUAAUACAGUUACUGGACGUCAAUGUGAGCGAUGUAAAUUAGGCUUCCACACUUUGACUACUUCAGGCUGCCAAUCCUGUCAUUGCUCAGAACGUGGCACUCGGUUUGGGGCAGCAAAACGCUGUGACGUUGUUAGUGGUCAGUGCCAAUGUAAAAACUAUGUAACAGGAUAUACAUGCGACCGUUGUAAACCGGGACAUUACAAUCUACGUCAGUCAAAUGGCAAUGGAUGUACGAGGUGCCAGUGUGAUAAUAGGGGAACCUUAGGGGUAUGUCAUAACAUUACAGGGGUAUGUACGUGUAAGAGGAAUGUCACGGGACAAUUUUGUGACCAGUGUCCUAGAGGGUACUACAACCUUACCUCAAGUAAUCCUAAUGGUUGUCAAGCAUGUGAAUGUUAUCGUAAAGGGACACAAGAUGGUACAAAGAAUAGUGAUCUUCAAUGCAGUAGCACUAGUGGUCAAUGUUUGUGUCUUUCCAAUGUGCGUGGUUUGAAGUGUGAUCAAUGUGACACUAAUUAUGUUUGGAAUCAAGCAGGACAGGGUUGUGUUGCUUGCAGGUGUCAUCUUCAAGGAUCAGCCUCAACAACCUGUAAUGCAACGGGAUUUUGCACGUGUAAGAAUGGCACGGGUGUUGGAGGGCAGUUCUGUGAUGAAUGUUUAACAGGAUAUCAUAGUUUUACCUCAGGAAGCUGUACCUCAUGUGAUUGUAAUAAAGCUGGAAUAAAAAAAGAUGGUUGUGACAGAGCAGGGUGUUAUCAUUGUAAAGAGAAUGUCCAGGGAACCAGAUGCGACACGUGUAAGCCUGGAACGAGGAGUUUGAAAGAGGAAAAUACUUUUGGUUGUAGCGGAGUUCCGUCUCAACAAGGGCCUCCUUUUGUUCAUGUGAUAUCCUCAACAACCUUGCGUGUCCUAUGGGAUCCCCCAGACAAGCCAAAUGGGCUAAUCACGAGCUACGAACUCUACCGAAAUGGAUCUCGAGUGUAUACCGGCCUGCUACGAGAAUUCAACGACACACGUCUUAGACCAUAUACAUGGUAUAGUUAUCAUAUUGUAACGAACACAGAUGGCGGAAGUGUACGAAGUUAUGACGAUGGUAAACUUUACCGUACGAAGGAAGAUGUUCCCCAGGGUGUGUCCAGACCCAAUAUUUCAGAUAUUCAGCCCAGAUCAGCCAAAGCAGUUUGGUCAUAUCCAACUACAUCCAAUGGAAAAUUAACCUCGUUCUUUCUGGAGUCAACGAAUCACAGAGAUUUCAACACAAUUGAACACUGCCGAGGCCUGGUGCUGAAAUGUGAUGUCAUUAACUUAAGACCAUUUACGGUUUAUAAUUUCACGAUACGAGUUUGCACCUCCGUAGGAUGCACAGUGAGUGAAGCGAAGACUGUUCUCACCAGUCAAACAGCUCCUGAUAGUCAGCCUGCACCUAAUCUGGUUCCUUUACCCGGUGGGACAAGUUUUGUUGUUUCAUGGGAUGAACCUGCGGAACCUAAUGGUCGAAUAUUUCAAUAUGAGUUACUUAAACGACUCUUUCCUUCGCAUCCAGAUAACCGCGGGAAAGUGGCGUACAGGUCACACCCAUUAGAAAAUCCUGGAGCGGAUAACUUAAGGAACACGACGAUCCGUGGAUUGAUUCCUUUCACGUGGUACGAGUUUCAAGUUGUAUCUUACACAGCUCAGGUCGCUGGUGAUACUGCCAGUAACUGGACUAGAGGACGCACAGCUGAAGCAGCUCCAAGUGGAGAGAGCGCUAUUCGGCCUCAAUCUUAUGCAGUGUCCAGCUCUAAAAUUAACAUCACGUGGCAUCUUCCUUCUUCUCCACGUGGUAUUAUCAUCACAUCACGUGUAUACAUCUAUACCAAUGAAACGGCUUACUCAACACCAGUCCUAGAGCAGACUGCAAAUUUGACAUCUAGCGUUGUGGUCAGCGGACUUCAACCUUACACUGUCUACAAGUUUACGGUGACGUCGUGUAAUAGUGUUGGAUGUACUAAGCAUAGCGCGGAAACUCGAACUAGGACGCUUCCAUCAGCACCAUCCGGCCAGUCACCUCCCACUGGCGAACCACUCAACUCAACUCACGUUGUUCUAAGAUGGAAACUCCCAACGAAUCCCAAUGGACCCGUUCCUCCUGAAUAUCACCUGACUCGUUCCCAUGCUUCAUUUUAUUACCCACCAAUCAACGCCAUCAAAGGCGCGUACUUUCCAGGUCAUGGAUACUAUUUGCUGAGCCAAUCUACAAUCCCAGAGGGCCCUAGUACCGUCGUAGAUUUCUGGUUCAAGACUGGAUUCUCCGAUGGUUUGAUCAUUUUCUUAGCUUCAGUCACACAGGAUGAUUUCCUGGCUGUUGAAAUAAGAGAUGGUAGACCUUGGCUCAUAUUUGAUCUUGGAGUUGGCAGUGCUGAAACAACUGUCAAGAAUUCACCCAAGUUUAACGAUAAGAAAUGGCAUUUUGUUGCAAUAACUCGCUCUCGUCGUGUUGGCGAGAUCACCGUUGACAGCGUUUUUGUUGGUCGUGUCGAAAGUCCAACGGGUGCGUCGUAUCUUGGUAAGAAUACCGGUGUUUAUAUCGGAGGACUGAAAUCUGGACUUACCCUGAAGAAAAAGAUAUUGGACAAUGUCGACAGCCUCAAGAAUAGCAAUAAUUUCAUUGGUUGUCUGAAAGAUUUGCGUCAGCAGAAGAAACGCGUCAUCUUAGAUAACGCUGUUGAGAAAGUGAGUGUGGAACCCUUGUCCAGCGGCUGUCCUAAAGAUCACGAGACAGGAUUUUAUCUUAAAGGCGGAGGUUACUUGAGUUUAAGGAAAGGUUUAUUCACAGGUGGAAACAUAUAUAAAUUUUCGUUUGAGUUUCGAACAGUCUACACAUCGGGUAUGUUAAUGUUUGUUUAUGGCGAGAAGUCUGGGAACGAUACUUAUCUCACAGUUAGUUUGGAUUCUGGCGACAUCCGGGUAAUUUAUCAAACGAGUUGUUGCUAUGGAAACAUAACAAUCGUGCCAUUACAAGAAGUAUGCGAUGGUGGCUGGCAUACACUAGAAUUCAUCAACUUUGCAGGAAUCUACUCCAUCAUUGAGGUGGACGGAAAAACAAAUACAACUAUCAAUAUUGCUAAGCUUCGUGUCACGUCAGAGCUUUACUUUGGAGGCCUGCCUUUCGGGUCACUUGCUGCCCAGAAAGCAGGCAGUUUUGGGCUGAAUACGGACUCGACAUUUGGCGGAUGUUUCAGGAAUAUUAAAACUCCAAAUGAAGUGGAUAUUUUGAGAGAUGUUGCUUCGGUUAUGAAUGUCGACUUGGGUGGAUGUCCCACGAGAAGACGAGUGAAUAGCAGCUUUGCUGAAGGUUGUAAGAAUGAGACUUCAAACCUGGUGUAUGUCGGCUCAGAGGAGAGUUUAGUUGAUGGACAACUUUCUUCAUUCACAGAUUAUUUAUAUCGUGUUGAGAGCAAGCAGCCUGGAACUGAGGGGGGUGGAGCGAGUUCUUGGUUUGUUCUUCGUAGUGGUGAAGGAGCUCCCGAAUUCUAUCGCCCUCCGAGUGACGUCAUUCCAUUGAACGGUGGACGUUCCACGCGUGUUACCUGGCAACCACCACAGGUCUACCGUGGCGUGUUACGCGGUUAUAUCUUGCGAGCUUAUCACGUUCGAAACUCCUCCGUCCGACCAGUUGAGAUGGUGCUUAAUGAUAUCAGUGUUGUCAAUGCCACACUCAGUGGACUGGAACCCUACACUUGGUAUGACGUUAGAGUAGCGGCGUUUACUAACGGGGGAACUGGAGAGAGUCCAGGCAAAGAAGUUCGUACAUUAGAAUCUGUGCCGCAAGGUGUUCAAUCCCCAGACGUUCAACGUUAUCCACAUUCUCUACUGAUAUCCUGGGGAGUACCUAGAAAACCUAACGGUGUUAUUAAUCAAUACCGGCUGACUAUCAACAAUACCGAGGUCUACGGUGGAUUAAACCAAACCUUCAAUCAAACUGGCCUAGGUGUUUAUACCCGUCAUGUGAUCCAAAUGACAGCUUGCACUAAGAUUGGCUGUGCUUCGAGUGAGCCUGAGACAUUCUACACAGCGGAGAUACCACCGCAAGGGCUCAGUCCCCCAGGCGUGCGAAUUUUAGGAGCUCACCGCGCUGAGGUCACGUGGAAGGAGCCUGGAAUUAGAAACGGUAUUAUACGUGGUUACCAAAUACUUGUUACAGGUGGCCAUAGUUGGGAAACGUUAGUUUUAAAUGGCACUGCAGAUCAACGAUUGAUUGAAAUUACUAAUCUUACUGCUGGAACCUGGUACUCAUUUCGUUUGAAAGCCAUCAAUGGAGGUGGAGCCACCAUAAGUUUACCAACCAGACGAAGAACAGUUGAGAGCAGUCCUGAAGAUAUUCCACCGCCAUUGGUUCGAGGUCUGAGCCCGUAUAGCAUUCUGGUAACGAUAUUGGAGCCAAGGUUACCCAAUGGUAACAUCACUCGUUAUGAACUUCAUGAAGUGAUUGGACGAGAUGAAGUUCCAGUGUUGAAUGAAACAUCAAUAAUGAACUAUACGAAGGAUGGACUAACUCCUUAUACCCGGUAUUACUUCAGAACAACCGCUUGUACAGCUAAAGGUUGUGGCAGUAGCGUGGUUGGAAACGGAACAACACUCGAGGCGACGCCUAAUGGAACUGUCAGUUUAAACGUGACAAUUGUUAACUCCACAAGUGCGCGUGCUCAGUGGAGUCCAGUCCACACGCCAAAUGGGAUUGUCUAUUAUAACCUGGUUGUCAGCGGCGAGUUUUUAAUCCAUGGAACGUUUACGACUGAGAAUGAUACUCGUGUUGUAGCCAGAGUCGUUCAUCCACUUCAAGAGAUGUUAUUCACCGAAUUAUUGCCUUUCACGUCAUUUGUAUUUCAAAUCAAUGCUUCGAACUCAGCUGGGUAUAUUCUUAGUAACAUCGUGCAAGGCAGAACUGGACAGGGAGCUCCUCUGGGUCUAACAGCUCCAAAUGUAACAGUCCUUAACUCCACAUCAGUUGAGAUAACCUGGCUACCACCAGCACGCAAGAAUGGUAUCUUACUGUUCUACGAAAUAAUGAGACACAACCUUGAUUCUGGUGUCAGAAAGAUUGUUAAUGCAAGUAUUCAGUUCUCUCUGGUUAUGACUGAUAUGAAACCUUACCUGAUGUACGGCUUUCAGCUCGGAGCUAGCACGAUGGGCGGUAAAACCUGGAGUGAUGUCACUGAAGUGAGAACGUUUCAAGAUGUUCCCACUCCUCUGGAUCCUCCAACAAUUCCUCAGAUUAAUUCGCGAGAUCUUGUGGUGACCUGGGACGAGGCAAGCGAACCAAACGGCAUCAUUAUUCACUAUAUACUAUACAGAAAUAACACAAAUCGUACAAAAGUUGCUAACAAUGUCACAAGAUUGCGAGUGACUGGUUUGGAGCCAUUCACUGUCUACGUAUUCAGCGUUGCUGCUUGUACGGUUAUUGGAUGCAGUAACAGCUCACUUUCUCGGCCAGUCAGAACACUUGAAGAUGUUCCUGAAGGACAAUCAUCGCCAGUUCUUACCCACGCCUCGGGUCCCUACGUCAUCAUCCGCUGGUCUGAGCCAACAGUCACAAACGGCAAAAUAUCUGAAUAUAUAAUCGAACGAAGGUCAGCGUUGGAUCUAUUAGAUGUGAGCUCAGUGGCAAGAGUAUCUGCGAAUCUCAGUAGAGAACACUUAGAUAACACAGUCGUUCCGUGUUUGAAAUACUAUUAUCGAGUGAUCGCGUUUACAAAAGCCGGAGGUACCCCCAGUUCCUGGAGUAAUAUAACCACACAGGAAGGAGCUCCCGAGUUUGUACCGAGGCCAACAACUAGGAGCCUGAACUCGACUGCUGUCCAUGUCACGUGGUCGAAAGCUCGGUCCCAGUGUAUCAUAAUUCACUAUAUUGUGCGCAUCUUGGAGAACAAUCGUAACUACAGUAAAAUUGAAGCAAGUGAUCCUCUGAAUAUCAUCAUCAGCGGACUUCUGCCAUAUAAAGUCUAUAACAUCGUGGUUGUAGCAUGUACUGGCACUGCAUGCCGGGAGAGUGAUCCUAGUGACGUCAGGACCCAAACGGGGUUGCCUAGCGACCAGCCUGCCCCAUCAGCGAGAGCUUUGAGUUCCACGAGUCUUCGAGUGACCUGGGAACCACCUUCUGUCCCCGGUGGUCGCAUUCAAGAGUUUAUUUUAUACAGAAGAACAUUGAGUGAACCUUUAUCUGAGAAUUUUACCAUGACGUCAUAUGUAAAGAUUCAUUCCGGAGUUUUACCGCGAAGUUUUGAUGAUAAAGGACUGGGGAUAUUCUCUAAACAACAAUACAAAGUGACAGUGGUCAACACACAUGGCAAUACAACGAGUGAAGAUUCCCCCCCGUAUCGUACGGGUCCUGUCCCACCCCGUGCGGGUGUGUUAUUAAGCGGACAAGCUCUGAACCACACGAGUGUUUUGCUCAACUGGACUCUGCCAGAAGUGAAGCUUCUUCUAGGAUAUGUGCGCAGUUACGAAAUCAGAUAUAAAGAUAUUGAAGCUGACCUUGAGUUUACCUUCACAAACAACCUUCCUGGCUCUGCGAGAAAUGUUGUUGUCACUCCAUUGACCCCAAGUAAAGAUUACAGUUUCCAGGUCGUCUUGGACAAUGGAGCAGGCACGAAAUCCAGUAAUGAAGUAAUCGUGAGAACACAAGAUGGAGCGCCAGAGGGUUUCGACAGACCAAAUGUCAGGACUAUAAACAGCACAGCAAUUGAGGUUACUUGGUCAUCUCCUAGAACUCCCAAUGGACGAAUCACAACCUAUCAUAUUUAUGCAAAUUCUCAAAGAGUUGGCAGCACCUUGGCUCUGUACUUCAAUAUAACGUCAUUGAUUCCCUUCACAAAUUAUGCAAUUCAGGUGGAAGUAUGUACAGUCUAUACUUGCGUACGAAGUCUCUCAAGUAACACAAGAACUCUGCCUGCAGUUCCUGAAUUCCUCGACUCUCCGAUAUUGUUUCCUGGAAGACGCAAUAUUCUGGUAACUUGGGAUCCACCGAGACGACCAAAUGGUGUAAUUCGUGAAUAUAUCUUGUACAGACAAACUCCAAGUGUUUGUCCAACCAAACCACCUCCCGUAAGACUCUGCACUUAUAUUGAGUGUCCUAUUUCUGAAGAGCUUUGUGGUACUUCAUGUUAUAGUCCUAAAACAAAGAUUUGCUGUCAAGGUGUACUGUACGAUAAAGAACCAGGAAAGAUGUGUUGCGAUGAUAAAUAUGUAAAGAAACAAUCCUCCAGUGAUGUCUGCUGUGGUGGUCGUUUUUAUGCACAAACAACUGAUUAUCAAUGUUGCCAUGGUAGCUAUAAACUGGUCAAAUCUGGUCAGGUUUGUUGCCAAGACAACCGUGGUUCUAUACGUGUGGGUGACGGUAACGCUUGCUGUGAUGGAGAACCAUAUUUCAACAACACGAAGUAUUGUGUAUGUGGAACCCUCUUCAAUGAUAACACAAGGAAAUGUUGUGGUGGGAAAAUAGUGGCACUUGUUCAAAAAUGUUGCGGUGGGCCUGACUCUGGCGUCGUUUACACGGAGGACAGGGGGAAGAAGUGUUGUGGUAAUCACUAUGUUCCCAUGUCUAGUUUGUGUUGUCAGUCUAAUACAGGAUCUUGGAAGAUCUACAACUACACGUCCGUUAGACAGCGACAAGAUUCAGGUGACGUGUGCUGUGGAAUGAACCGUAUUUCCACUGGUUUGAGUUGUUGUAAUGAUCAGGGAUUUAACGCAAGUACCCAGGUUUGCGCUGAUAAAGAAGAAUGUGGUAAUGGUACUGUCUGUGACAAAACAUCCAGAAAUACAGCCUCGUGUAACCGUUGUAACUUCAAUGUAUUAACCUCACAUUGUGGUCUCACUAAGGGAUACUAUACUUCUACCCCACCCACCCCUCCUCCGCAGGAUUGUGGCACAUUCACGCAAGUGAUAUCAGGUAACUCUACACUACGUCAUUACAACGAUCAAAACUUGGAACCGUACACGGACUACGAGUAUUAUGUGGUUGUUUUCAACACCGAAGGAAAUCUUUCCAGUCCAUACUCAAGCAAUAAAACUCUGAUGGAUUCACCUGAAGGUCUCGUUCCACCUACGGUUAUCGUCCGGACUGCCAGGUCUAUUGAAGUUCUAUUCACUCCACCAAAGAAACCAAACGGAAUUAUUUCAGAAUACAAACUGACCAGAGGUAACCUAAAUUCAACCGUCAGAACGCUUGUGUACCGAGGACUCGAGUUAUCUUUCCUGGAUUCCAAUGUUUCACCUGUCACCGGAUAUUUUUAUAUCUUCGAGGCGUGUACGACCCUGUGUUCGAAUAUUACCUCCAAAGCAAUUUACACUCGGGAAUCAACCCCGGAGAAUGUCUACCCUCCAAUAUUGAAAGCAUUGAGUGCGUACAGUAUAGAGAUCAGUUGGCAAACACCUGGUCGACCUAACGGGGUAAUAACUGGUUACAACAUAAGUCGAGUUAAUAACAGUGGAGAUAUUGUCAGGCAAUGGCGGGGAUAUAACAUGGUUCAUAUUGAUAACAGCUCUGAUCUAAGACCUUUUACAAAUUAUACAUACGUUAUUACAGCGUGUACAAAGGUUGGAUGUAGUGACGGGCCUCGCGGGUUUGUGAUGACCCUCGAAGCCGCGCCUGAAACGGUUCAAAGGCCUGAGUUGCAGGUACGAAGUUCCAAGGAGAUUGAAAUAAACUGGGAAGAGCCUGCAGUAUCUAAUGGUGAAAUAAUCUGGUAUACUUUAUAUCGUGAUAAUAUAUCAAUAUGUAAUACCUCGAGAGAAUGUAAGUUUUCCACCCCAUCAACUGGGAAAUAUCGGUAUUCUGAUAAAGGUCUCAAGCCACACACAACGUACAGUUAUAUCAUCGAAGCCAGUACACAAGCUGGUGCUACAAAAAGUGACGUAGCCCGUAGACAAACCCCGCAAGAUUCUCCUGAAUUAAUACCCUCUCCUACACUAACCCCGCAAACCUCUGCGAGCAUUCUCGUCACGUGGACAGCACCUGGUAACCCUAAUGGUGUGAUUAAGAACUAUACUGUCAUACAGGACACAGUGAUAGAACACCCAGCAGGCGACAGUCUGAAAUAUCUAGUCUCGGGAUUAAAACCUUUUACUAAUUAUAAUUUCCAAAUCAGAGCGUGUACGAGAGUUGGUUGUGGGAUUGGUAACCGAAGUAUGUCAAGAACACUAGAAGCAGCUCCUUCUGGUCAACCUCCUCCAAGCCUGGUUGCCCAGAGCGACGAGGUUGUCCUAGUUAAAUGGCGUGGACCACGGACUCCAAAUGGUAUAAUUUUGAGCUAUGAAAUAGAACGGCGUUUAGCGUCCUCAACCUACAGUUUAGUGUUCCGAACUACUAAACCUUUUGUAUGGCAGCUGCAGGACAGUCGUUUGUUACCAUACCGAAACUACAGCUAUAGAGUACGUGCAAUCAAUAGCGGCGGCAGCGUUCGAAGUGCCUGGGCAACUGUUCGUACAGGAGAAGGAGCUCCUAGCGGAGUUUAUUCCCCCGUAAUACAUGUGUUAAAUUCAACUGCAGUCGCAGCUUCCUGGAAGGAACCCCGUGAACCUAACGGAAUUAUUACCCUGUACGAACUCUAUGCACAGGAUAUUGGUAGUUCUAGGAAUAAGUUCCUAGUCGCAAGUAGUUCUCUUACAGAAAAAAAUGUGACCGUGAGUGGACUGAAUCCUAAUACGGAUUAUCAAUUUCAGCUUGCUGUUAGCACGGUUGGAGGGACUGGUUAUAGUGGAUGGAAACUGGCAGAAACGUUGGAAGCUCCACCCCUUGAUCUCAGACCUCUGAUUGCGUCCAAAGAUAGCGAUGGUAAAGGAUUGAAAUUUACCUGGCAAGAACCAAGUCAGCCAAAUGGAGCGAUAACAGACUAUAUUGUCUAUUCCAAUGGUGUUAAAGAGUACAGUGGUACUAAAAGAGAAUUUCAUUUGCCAGGACUUACACCAUUCACAUCAUAUACGUUCCAACUAGAAGCGUGUACCUCUGCAGGAUGUACUAAAGGAAGUAUCCAGGUUGUCACAACUGCUGAAAUACCGCCAGAUCUGUUGCAAGCACCCGAGUUUACCUCUGUAAAUAGCACGUACGUUACACUAAAAUGGCAGCCCCCGGUCCGUCCAAACGGUAUAAUUGUGUUAUAUCAAGUAUUCAGAACAGACACUAAGUUUGCUGUUUAUAACACGAGUAAUAUCAAUAUAACCUCGUAUACUGACUCUCAAGUGCAACCUUAUACUAAAUAUGGUUAUACAAUCCGAGCCAUCAAUUCUGCUGGUAAAACUGAUUCACGGGUCGCGUUCAUUACAACGAAUCAAGCUGCCCCGGAGCUGGUUCACCCCCCGGUAAUCAUUGCUGUGACGUCAACAAGUGUGGAAAUGUCAUGGGCGCCCCCUGGAAAACUAAACGGAGUGGUUCGUUCGUAUACUUUAAGACGUAAUAACACCGUGGUCAAUCAUUGGGGAUUUACGAUUUUGAAGUAUACUGAUUCUUCAGUCAAACCAAAUAUUAUAUACGGCUACUGGUUGACAGUUUGUACAGAAGGUGGAUGUUCUGAUAGUGAUAAGACUAUUGUUAGGUCAGGUGAAGGUCAACCAGGGGCAGUCAGAGCCCCAAAGUUAACUGUCUUGUCAGCUAUUGCUAUCAGAGCUUCGUGGCAGCCACCAAUAAUAUCAAAUGGUGUUGUAAUCCGCUAUGAACUAUAUAUGGAUAAUUCCCUGGAAUACAAUGGUACACGCAUGUCUUACAUCAAAUCAGAAUUGCAACCCUUUUCCUUACACAAAUUUCAUGUGGUAGCUUGUACUAAAAGUGGAUGCACUGAAGGACCUUGGAACGAGGCGAGAACUCACGAAGCUGCUCCGGAAAGUCUCGCCGCGCCAACCUACACUAUAUUCGGUCCCAAUGUCAUAGAAAUACGCUGGACAGAGCCAAGAAAACCAAAUGGAGUCAUAUUGUAUUACACCCUGCAAAGAAAUGGCACAUUGGUCUAUAAUGGUUCACGUCUAAGAUAUAUUGACCAAAACAUCGAACCAUAUACAUAUUAUUCAUACCAAGUGAAUGCUUUUAACUUAGUCGGACAUGUCUCAAGCCCAGUACUUCAUACAGAACGUACCUCGCACGGCACGCCGGAGAAUGUAACCAAACCAAACGUAACCCCCUUAAGUGGAACUGAAAUACGAGUCACGUGGUCAGCGCCGUUAAAGCCUAAUGGUAUCAUCAAGGUGUACUUCGUGUUAUACAACAAUUUCCCGGCUGUCAAUGUUGGUUCUAACAUGAGUUACAUCGCAAGAAAUUUGAAGUAUUUUACUGAUUAUACUUUUCGUAUACGAGCAUGCACCAGUUAUCCUUCGUCGUGCGCGGACGGUGACGUUGCAUCCACGAAGACACUCGAGGGCGUCCCGAGUGGCCAACUUGCACCUGUUCUUCCAGAUACGACUGUACAAGCGCGUUCUGUAAUGGUGACCUGGAACGAGCCAAAAUCACCAAAUGGGAAGACAUUAAGAUAUUUGGUUUAUCGUAGUCAAGACAAUGGUAAUACUAGUGCCGAGAUUUUUAGAGGUCUUGGCUUCAAAUUUAAUGAUACUACAACGUUACCUUACAAGAAAUAUGGAUACCGAGUGACCGCGGUUAAUAGCGUUGGAUUGGUGACUAGUGAUUGGACGAGUGUCACAACGCGUAGUGACCUUCCUGAGCAAGUCUCAACCCCACGUAUCCUAGCAGUAACUGAAACAACCCUUGUUGUAGCGUUCGAUCCACCAGGUAUACCCAAUGGCGUUAUUGUGAACUAUAUCGUGAGGCUAAACGAUAAACCUGUCUCUGAAGGAACUCAUCUUGAACGGACGAUUAGAAAUCUCGAACCUUUUGUAGAAUACUCCUUGCAGGUGUAUGCCUGCACUAUUGUGGGAUGCACAGGCGGUCAGGCAAUUGCAGGCAAGACGGGCGCAGGAAAACCGAAUACAGUUGAAGAACCAACAUUUGGAGAAGUGACAGCAAAUAGCAUCGAAGUGAAAUGGCGACCACCGCUCAAGCCUAAUGGGGAUGUUAAAAGAUAUUCCGUUUUGUACAAGUUCAUCUGUUCUGACAAUUGUAUCAGCAAGCGUUCAGUGUCUCAGACUGCCAUUGAUGUAGGCUUGAACACUACUUACGCUAUCAUCGACCUGGAACCUUACUCUAUGUACGAGAUUGUGAUUCGAGUAUUUAAUGAGAAAUAUUCGGCUGACUCAGCGCCUGUUAGGAGGAGGACAGGACCGUCAGCACCGGAGUAUAUUCGACUACCAGAAGCAAACCAAACUGGGAAUGUAGUGAUUGUUGAUUGGAGUAAAUCGUUCAAGCUAAAUGGUCCUUUAUUUGAAUAUAAUUUAUACGAGAAUGAUUUCCUAAUCUUCCGUGGAACGAGUUCUAACAGUGGUCAUUUGACAGGCCGAGUUGGGGAAGAAUAUAUCUAUGUUGUUAGUGCAACAACAACUGUUAAUGGAGAAAAGAAGACGAUUAAAUCACCUCCUUUUAACGUCAAGGGUGUGCCUGUAACGGAUCAUCAAAGUCAAGAUGAUGAUAACAUAUGGUAUGAAACAGUUUGGUUCCUAGUCCUCAUCGCUGUUCUCCUUAUUCUUGUCGUGUUUUCGGUGGUUGCGCUGUGUUUACGGAGAACAAGCGGGGAUAGGACGGUAUUCGUGAGAGAACGUGAUCCCUUGCCAGUAAGAGUGAAGUCACGUUCAGCGGCUGCAUCGUUGUCAAGUAACUACACGCCAAGUGAAGCACAUUUCAAUCUUGCAUUGGUCGACCCUCAGGAUCGAGGAAGUAGAGCUUCAACUUUCAUUGGAGGAUCAGAGAAAAUGAGAUAUGAACAAGAAGAUAGUAUAGAUUGGGAAGGAUAUGAAGGGAAUGUAUAUAGUGGAAGGUACGAUGACGAGAAGACUUGGAGUGAUGAUGAUGAGGUUGACGCCUUCAGAUCUAUGAAAUAUCAGCCAUUUACUGACACUAGAUUGUGAUACGCUUUGUCUGAAAACUGCGAUGAAGAAAUAAGUGGGCAUUUAGAAGAUAGGCUAAAACUACGUGAUCAAUAACUCAGUCGGCAUUUAGAGGAUAAUCUAAAUUUGUACAGUCACUUAACUUAACUUAUAUUUUUGUACAUUUUUAUUGUAAUUUAGAUGACGUUUUAUAUUAAAGUGACACUACAUGAA